GUGAGCUCGCGGCGCAGAGAGCGCUGCUGUGACAGUGGGAAGGAAGCACAAUCCGCGUGCAGCCAGCGCGAGCUACAGACCAACUAACACGCUGUGAACUAUGACUGGACGCAAAAAGUGCAGCACGAGAGAUGACUGACCACGCAGCAGCAGUUUGGAACAAAUGACAGAAGAUUACAAACGCUGAACGAGAAGAUGCCAACCGCCGAAAAUGAACCUAAUGUGAUUACAUUUGAGAACAGAAAGAUCCUGUAGAUGGUUUUAUCUCCAAUGGAUUCCUCCAGUCGCUCCAAGAUAAUCAGCAUCAGUGAUUUUUCCUAAAGGGAGAGGAUGUGGCCCCCUGACCUCGGGCCUCCAGACGUCCAGCUGACUCUUCCUGGUUUCGGAAGUGUUUUUGAGGAUGCAGAGGACCCUCAGGCGCCGCUGUCUUCUGGUGGCUUCUGUCAGUCCUCGAUACAUUCAGGUGGUCUGUGCUGUCUUCCGAGGACUUCUCUGUCUCUGUCCUCGCUGGGUCGAGACCUCACCUCGCUGCUCAGCUGUAAGACAGCCCACGUAGACAAAACUAUGGAGGACUUUGCCACCACUGCGCACACAGAUCCUAAAAACAUCACCCAGAGGUUCAGCUGUUACCCCCAGCCCUCCCUCCCGUUAUCAUAUAUGCUCACCAGCUGUGCCACAUCACCUCCUUUUGGCUCCCCGCCAUCCUCUCUUUCCUCUUCCUCCUCCACCUCGUCUUUUUUUUUUUCUGCACCUCCUUCUGAUGCACCUGGCGGCAACAAGACUCCUCAUCUACAACCAAAGAUACAGGACGAUUAUCACUCAAUAAAACAGGAGCCUGCGGAUGAUUUCUCGCCAUGCAAGAGGGAAACGUUUCAAAUCAACAACCACCAGGGGGAGCUGUUUCACGUGGGCCAGCCCCUCCAAGGUCAGGAUGGCGCCGCACUUCAUUUCCAGAGGCUUAACGGACCCGUAGGCCAGGACCAACCCACGGUGGACCAGCAGGACCAGCCGUGCCACUGGAUCGACUGCAGCGCCACCUACAGCAGCCAGGAGGAGCUGGUGAGGCACAUCGAGAAGGUGCACAUCGACCAGCGCAAAGGGGAGGAGUUUUCCUGUUUCUGGGCCGGCUGCGUGAGACGCCACAAGCCCUUCAACGCUCGCUACAAGCUGCUCAUCCACAUGAGGGUCCACUCUGGAGAAAAACCCAAUAAAUGCAUGUUUGAGGGCUGCUCCAAGGCGUUCUCACGUCUGGAGAACCUGAAGAUCCACCUGAGGAGCCACACAGGAGAGAAACCGUACAUCUGCCAGCAUCCCGGCUGCCUGAAAGCCUUCAGCAACUCCAGCGACCGAGCCAAGCACCAGCGCACACAUCUGGACACGAAGCCAUACGCCUGUCAGAUCCCAGGAUGCACCAAACGUUACACCGACCCCAGCUCGUUACGAAAGCACGUCAAAGCUCAUUCAGCCAAAGGCCUCCAGGAGCGGGAGGUCAAGGUUCAGGUGCACACGAUGCUGGAAUCGGACAUUUUGAGCGAUUGUCUGGCGAGGCAGCAUCUCCACCAAGGAAACGGCUCACCUUUAACCAGCCUAGACGACUUCACAGGUGUGUACUCAAACAGCAGCUCCGUCCAAAACAGGGGAAAUUCACAGUUCCUCCCUCCAUCAGCAGACACCAGCUCCAGGUAUCGAGGCUUGGAGGGAAACUUUGACGCCAGCGGUCCAAUAUCUUCACUGACAAGUGCCGGGAGCAUGAGUGAAGGGAACAGACCAGCAUCGCUGUUCAUGUCCGCUGACGUCAGCCCGGUGAGCUCGUCCUCAGACAGAGCGGACGUCCAGCUGCAGGCUUUCCACAAAACCUACAGCCACCAGCAAGUGUUCUCACAGCAGCAAGGCUGUCUGUACGGAGAAGGAAAGGCGGUUCAGCCAGUCAGUGACGGAGGCUUUGAACCGCCCAGUUACUUCACAACCUCCUCCGCCUCUCAAUCGACAGGGUUCGACUUGCUGCAGGAUCUGCAGGGCCAGGCGGGGGGCGGUUACUCCAUGUCUCCCUGCUCAGACGACAGCUUCCUCUUCCAGGCAGGAGGCGUCGACCGCUGCCUCAACCAGAUCUACUCCAUCUACCUGGACUCAUGAUCGGCCACCCAGAACCAAAAAAACAAAGCAGAAUCGCUCUGUUCUCCUGGAAUAAUGAGGUGAAGUGUGUAAAUGUGUGACGGCAGACGAUCAUAGCAACAAUAUAAACUGUUUAUUCCAGGCUCAAGUUGGUCUCAUUCUAGACAGACGUGGAAAAAAAAAUCAGUACAAACUUAAGUGCAAAAUUGACCACAGACACAACUGUGGCAAAGAGGAAAUCUGUUCAAAUUAUAAAUGUGAAUAGCAGUGACUUUUUUAUUCAGAGAUGACCACAGCAUUUGUGAUCUGGAUAGGAUGAGCUAUGAGCUAUUGUUUGGUAGUUUGGACGUUUUUAGUUAGCCGUGAUCUUAUAAUGAAGUGGUUCCCAACCAAGGGUCUAUAAAUAAAUCUUUCGGGGUCAAAAAAAGAUUAAGAAGAAACUGAAAAAACAGAAAAACACAGCACUGCGGCAGAAAUUAUUCACAUUUAUAUGCCUCCGCACCAACAAUAGCUGGGUCCAGACACAUUAUUUAUUCUGGUUGCACGUCUAUUCCAUUCCCGUGAACAAGACAUGUCAAUGACACCUUGAGAAAUUCUUCGAAUUUGGCACAAACUUCCACUUUGAUUCAACAAUGAACUGAUUAAAUUUAGGUGGUUAUAGGUCAAAGGUCAAGGUCAUUGUGACCUUGUCUGUCUUAUUCUUGAGAAUACGGUAUCUAACAAAGAGCCCAAGAAAUUUCUUCAGAUUUGGCACAAACGUACACUUGUACUCAACUAUGAUCCGAAAAGGUUUUCAAGGUAAAAGGUGACCUUGCAUCUGUAUUCUGUGCAUCAUUCUUGUUAAGAUUUAAUCUAUAGAACACCUUGAGAGAGUUUCUUCAAAUUUGGCACUUUGAGUCACGGAUGAACUGAUAAGACCUUGGUGGUCUAAGGUCAAAGUCACUGUGACCUUAAAAAGCAUGCGUGAAAACGGCCAAAAUUAGCUUAAUUUCAAAGUGUCAGAGGCCAAAUAAAGGUUGGGAACCAGUGUGUUUUUAUGGAUGAUGAGUCUAAUUUAAGCAGUCCUGGCAACAGAGCAAAGAAUAGUUCAACAUUUUGGGAGAUAUCCUAAUUUGUUUCCUUGCUGAGAGUUAGAAGAGAAGGUCGACACCAUGGUAAAUGUAUAGCUAUGUUAGCUUUACUUAGCAUAAAGACUGGAAACAGUUAGCCUGGCUCUGUCUACAGAUCUCCCUACCAAUAACUCUAAAGCUCAAAUAUUUCCCAACUACUUCUUGACUCUGAUGACUCCAGGAAGUCACUGCACUCAGCCAAGAAAUAGUCCGGCACAUAACCACCCGUGAAACCACAACUUGUCAUUUUAAUGGCUCCAUGUCGGCAAUAGCUUAAGCCAAUAUGUUUUUGUUUUGGUUAUCUCGUUUUGUGAAUGCAAUAUCUCAA